UACCUGUACAGACAGUAAAACUCCACCAUGGAUGACUAUACUCACGUCAAGUGUGAGGUUUCUUUGUAGGCCAUGAAGGUGUGCCAGAGGCAGGUUUAUUACACAACAUGGUACAAAGUUCUUCAGUGGGCCUCCACACAGCACCAGCUGUCCUGCACUCACCUUACCCUGUCCCACUCUCCUGUCCCUGGGGCAUCUAUGCUUGGUGACCCAGAAUCCUUCUCUCUUCAGGACUAUGGAUACUUCAGGGUAUUACCCAGAAACCCCUCAGCUUUCAAUCGUACAUUCCACCGGAAGCUCUCAGGACCUGCCAACACAGGAUGGAUCAUCACCAUUAAUGUCUUGUGGUGAGCUGAAGCCUGACCUUGAAGUUCCAUCAGAGCAGGAGGAAGGUUGUCCUGUGUGUGGUGACCGAGUGUCAGGAUAUCAUUAUGGACUGCUCACUUGUGAAAGCUGCAAGGGCUUCUUUAAGCGAUCAGUACAGAAUAAAAAGCAUUACUCCUGCACAGAAAGACAAAGCUGCCCUAUGGACCCAGCACAGAGGAAGAGAUGCCCUUACUGCCGCUUUCAGAAGUGCCUGGCAGUUGGCAUGAAGAGAGAGGCUGUGCGAGCAGACCGAAUGAGGGGCGGACGAAACAAAUUUGGCCCUCUGUAUCGCAGGGACAGGCAGCUGAAACAGCAGAGAGGAGGAUACCACCAAGCAAACACCAUUCCCAACAGGACCAAACUGGAAACAUCACAAGCACCUUUGCCUGCCUUACCACAUGACGUUCAUUCUCUGUCGAGUACUUACCCAGCUCCAUUUGGCCCUGAGUCCUUCCACCAAUCACAGAUUUUUCAAAGAGCACUAAUCCCUCCACCGCUCCAAUACAGUGGACUUUACCACCCCAGCUUUCAUGGUUACCCUCAAAAAAAAGAAGAGAUGCCAUUCAACCCUUACCCCGCUGCACCAUGCACUAUUUCCACUGUACUUAAACACACUUCCACACACAUGCUGGCCUCAACUCCAGCGUCCACUCCAACGCAGUGUUCUGCCCCGACACCGACCCCUUCUACUACCCUAACCUCUGACCUCCCUUCAUCUAGCACAUGCUUCCUGAGCGAGCUGCUGCAGGGAGAGCCAGAUGAAUCACAGAUAUGUGCACGAGUGGUGGCCAGCCUGCGAAGAGAGCAGGCCAGUCGCGGAAAACACGACCGUCUCAAUACCUUCAGCAUCAUGUGCAAAAUGGCUGACCAGACUUUGUUCGGGCUGGUGGAAUGGGCACGCAACAGUACACUGUUUAAGGAACUCAAGGUAGAAGAUCAGAUGGUGCUGCUACAGAGCUGCUGGAGUGAACUGCUGGUUCUGGAUCACCUGUGUCGUCAAGUACAUUAUGGCAUAGAUGGUUGCAUCUACCUAGUCACAGGGCAACAGAUUGAAGUAUCAACAGUGCUUUCCCAGGCAGGGACAGUGCUGAGUAGUCUGGUCACCAGGGCACAAGACCUUGUGUCCAAGCUUAGGACUCUUCCGCUGGACAGAAAAGAGUUUGUGUGUCUUAAAUAUCUUGUCCUCUUUAACCCAGAUGUAAAGGCAGUGCAAGACCGCAGGCAGGUGGAGUGCACUCAGGAGAGAGUGAACAGGGCUCUGAUGGACCACACCAUGCACACUCACCCAGGUCAUUCGGAUACAUUUGGACAGCUGCUGCUACGGCUACCUGAAGUGCGCAGCAUCAGCCUGCAGGUAGAGGAGUACUUGUAUCAGCGCCACUUGCUGGGUGACCUGCCUUGCAACUCCCUGCUCACUGAGAUGCUGCAUGCCAAACACACCUGAUACACAGCUGUGAAUAAUAAACCUCCCUCUGUUCACCGGAUAAAAGGAAGACCAUUUUGCACCUUUCCUUUAUGUUGUAUGUUUAACAGUGUGCUCUGGGAAUUGUUUUCAUUUUUAAAAUGGACAACUUUUAAAAAUUAUCUUACUGUACCAUCCGUGACUCUAAAGCAGAUGUGUCAAGCUCACUCAUUUAAAAGCCGUGAUUUAUCGAGAGCCAAACAGGGUCAACAUUUAUUAAACAUGAUCAGCAGGAUGUUGGAUAAAGUAAAAAAAAUAUAUAUAUUUAGGUAGACUACAUUCUUCUUUUAUGUAUGUGCUAGAGCCAGAUGUUUGGCACCUCUUCGAGCCUGCUGUCUGUCUUUGUGCUUAUAUUUGUCCUGGUGACUUCUGACCUCGGAUGAAUGUGCAACAGAGUGGGGGAAAAGUACAGCUGGGCUUGCAGGUCUUUUUGCAGUGCAUUCUGGGACUUGUAGUAUUAGCGGUGUGUGUCCUAUAUACAGAAAUAAUUGUAAAUCGGGCCAGAUGUGGCCUGUGGGCACUGAGUUUGACAUGUCUGCUCUAAAGAGUUCACAUCAACAACUAACUAAAACAAAGUCUAUGUCAAAAGUAUAAAUGCACUUGUAGGAGACAUGUAUUCUAUAUUUCUUAAGAACUUAUAAUGGUACUGAAUGAUAGAAAUACAUAUUAAAUGCACAUAAAAAUCUGUACAUGAUAAAAAUAAUACAGAACAACUUUUUCUAAAGUCUAUAAAGAAACCCCAAAUGGUUACCUUAGGCUGAGAGGAAACCGAUUAAGUAAGAUGGUCAGAUGUAAUUUUAGGACCAACAAAAAGCAGGUCUACCCUAAAACAGAAGGUGCUAGAACAGCACUGUCACCCAUGGCUACCAUGUAGAAAAGAAGGUUCAAUGGCUUAAUUCAGCAUAUAUUCAAAAAAUCAAAAUGGUAUUUAUUUUCCCAUGUUUUUUUUUAUAUUGCAGCCACAGAAAAGGAACAGUUGCUGGACUCAUUAACAUUUCCCAUAAUAUGCAUGUCUCUGUCAAGUGUAUGUAAACUUUUGACUUCGAAAGUAUCUACAACUCAGGCAGUAUUGUUAAAAUCACCUGUUGUGUUUAUGAAUCCCAGAAGCAAAUUUAGAAAAACUAUAAAAAGCACUAUACUGAGGUAUUUAGUGUUUACAAUUGAAUGUUUCCUUACAUUAAAGUCACACCUCUCAAUGAAGUAAUCUAUAUGGCUAAAAGGAUGUGGACACCCCUUCCAAUCUUAAAGUUUUACGUUUUUUAAAGGAUUUUAAUCCUACCCAAUGCUAACAGGUGUAUAAAAUGAAUUUUAUAACUUUGUGGUAACCGUUUUGGGAAGGCCCUUUUCUGUUUCACCAUGACUGUACAAGGUACACAAAGUAAGGUGGAUUGGGACAUAAUUUGACAAGUGUGGAGAAACUCCAGUAGCCUGCACAGAGCACUGACCUCAACCCACUUAAAAAGAUUUGGAAUAAACUGGAACUCUGACUGCAAGACAAACCUUGUCUUUUGUCAACAAAAUGCUGUGGCAAAAAUCCACAGAUACACUUCAGUAUGUAUUUCUUUCUUAGAAAAGUAGAAGCUGUUAUACAAUAUGUAUAAGUGACUAACAAGCUUAUGAACAGCUGUUUCGUCAUAUAGUGUACACUUAACAAAAGCUAGCAUAGCCAGCAUGGCUAGCAUAGCUAAUAACGAAUAUGUUAAUUUAAAAGCUAAACAAUGUCAAUAUAUUGUAACCAAAUCAUAUAUACAGUAUAUUGGUCAAAAAGAGGGCAUCUAAAAAACAACAUAUAAUAACAUUUGACAAGGACUGUUGAAUGAAAGAUGAGAAUUACCCACCAUUCCUGUUGUGAAUAUAACCACUGUGUAAGGUGUAAGUAGAGUAUAAAACAUCUAAAUAUAUAAAUAAAAAGCUGGAGGAGUCAAAGGAAAAA